AUGGGAAUCUUCUCCAUCCUCCCCGCCUACCUCUCCGGCCUCGAAACAUGGCUCGCCAGAAUCUUCCUGUUCUUCUCCUUCGUCAUCAUCGGGCCUUGGCUAUUGGUGCUCCUCUACGACCUGCUGCUCUACAUCUGGCGCUCCGCAACAUACGAAUUGCCCUACAUCGGUGGCCGCGCGAGGGGACGACAACGGCCAAGGGCGCCCAGUUUGACCGCGCGUCCCACCGGACAUACGCGGCAAAUCAGUCUUCCGACUCUUCCGCAGACGCACCAGUACUCUGAAGGCGACGGCAAGACGGUGGUAUCGUCGGGCAGGCAGCGUAGUGCCAGCAACACUGCGCCGAGGAAACCAACGCAGUCGUACGAUGAGGAUUGA